AAUUUGAGUAUUUGGAAGAGAAAAAAGUCAGCCAGCAGUGUUUAAGCAGAGACUAAGCAACAAAGAGAGGAGCAACUUUGCCCCCCUAUAGAGACUUACUGUUACUGGAAAACCGAUAAUACGAAGGAGCCUACUAAAUAAAUUUACAGCGACUUUAUCAGGCUGUAGUUGAUACUUAAACUUGGGAAGAUGCGUUUUUGCAAAACUUUUUUUUUUGCGGUCCUGCUGCCCCUGCUGAUAUCAGCACAGUAUCAAGGCGACAACGGAAUAGUUGUCCCAGAACAUGGAUUUUGUCAGCCGAUUUCGAUACCUCUGUGCACGGACAUUGCUUAUAACCAAACCAUCAUGCCCAAUUUAGUGGGUCAUUCCAACCAGGAGGACGCAGGGCUCGAAGUGCACCAGUUUUACCCGCUCGUGAAGGUACAGUGCUCGCCAGAGUUGAAAUUCUUCCUGUGUUCCAUGUAUGCGCCUGUUUGUACAGUUUUGGAAAAGGCCAUUCCUCCAUGCAGAUCGAUUUGCGAGAGGGCCAAGCAGGGUUGCGAGGCUCUUAUGAACAAGUUUGGCUUUCAGUGGCCGGACCGAUUGCGCUGCGAAAACUUCCCUGUGCUGGGAGAUGGACAAAUCUGCGUGGGCCAAAAUGACUCCUCCACUGCCACCGUCCCUCCGGUUAUAUCUGUUCCAGGAACGUCGGAUGUCUCCAUAAUCUCCCCACGUGGAAGGCCAUUCCAUUGCCCGUCUGUUCUUAAAGUUCCCCCAUAUUUAAAUUAUAAAUUUUUAGAAGAAAAGGACUGUGCCGCUCCCUGUGAGUCAUCUAGGAGCGGUGGGAAAAUGUUUUUCAGUGAUAAAGAAAUUCAUUUCUCCCGCAUAUGGAUUCUAGUUUGGUCUGUGCUUUGUUGUGCGUCUACUUUAUUCACAGUAACCACUUAUUUAGUUGACAUGCAACGCUUCAGAUACCCCGAGCGGCCCAUCAUCUUCUUGUCUGGCUGUUACACUAUGGUCUCCAUUGCCUACAUAGCAGGCUUCUUCCUCGGUGAUAGGGUGGCGUGCAAUGACAGCUUCACCCCUGAUGGCUAUAAGACCAUAGUCCAAGGCACCAAAAAAGAAGGUUGUACUAUCCUCUUCAUGAUGCUCUAUUUCUUCAGCAUGGCCAGCUCCAUAUGGUGGGUCAUUCUAUCUCUCACCUGGUUCCUGGCUGCAGGUAUGAAAUGGGGCCACGAGGCCAUUGAAGCUAACUCUCAGUAUUUUCACCUGGCAGCCUGGGCAGUGCCAGCUGUCAAGACCAUUAGCAUCCUGGCCAUUGGGCAGAUUGAAGGUGAUGUGCUCAGCGGAGUCUGCUUUGUGAGUCUCAGCAACCUGGAUCCUCUACGGGGCUUUGUUUUGGCCCCUCUCUUCAUCUAUCUUUUCAUCGGCACCUCUUUCUUGCUGGCUGGCUUUGUGUCACUGUUCAGAAUCCGCACCAUCAUGAAACACGAUGGCACCAAAACGGAGAAGCUGGAGCGAUUAAUGGUGCGGAUCGGGGUAUUCAGCGUGCUCUACACGGUCCCUGCCACCAUUGUUAUUGCAUGUUUCUUCUAUGAGCAGGCCUUUCGGCCCCACUGGGAGCACAGCUGGGUCAGCCACAACUGCAGGAGCCUGGCCAUUCCCUGCCCUAUGCAUCCUGGACCCCACAUGACACCAGACUUCACCGUCUUCAUGAUCAAAUAUCUGAUGACCCUGAUAGUGGGCAUCACCUCUGGUUUCUGGAUCUGGUCUGGAAAGACUCUGAACUCCUGGCAUAAGUUUUACACAAGGCUGACAAAUGGCAAACAGGGAGAGACCACUGUGUAGAGUGAAAGCACAUGAGUGUUGCUGGGAUUAUUAUUUGUUUUAUUAUCUAUACCUCAUGUAAUAGGUAAGUAGCACAGUGAGUAGCUCUAGCGUUUGUGUUUGCCUCAGCUUUCUAGUCACACUUGCAUGCCAAACUGAGGGUUGGAUUUUGAGAAAAACACAAGCUGGAUAAACACAGACUGAACCUGACUGUGUGAACAAAUAACAAUCAUGGCUAUGGAUGCCAUGUGCUGAAUGCUCUCCUCACCUUCUCUGGUUCCUUUCUUAAAGCCUCCAUAAACUCUGGGGAGUGAUGAUCCAGCAGACAGUAGAACACAGACUGAAUGACUGAUUUGAAUUUUUUUUUAACACUUGCAAAAACAUUUCAUGUACAGUUUUACAAAAUUGUAAAUAGUAUUUGUAAAAACACAACAUUAUAUUAUUGUAUUUAAAAAGUAAAUACUUUACCUUAUCUGCUAGUGUACUCAAACUAAGUAAUUUUGCACUGUAUGAAUGCCACAAGUCCAGACAAAGACAUGCCUGUUUUUUGUUCUUUUUGCGUUUUCCUUUUCUGUUAAUUUGUGAUUAUAGAUUAGAACAUUGUGUUGUUACUCUUGAUUUACGGAAAACAUGUGCAGAGUCUCCGCAGAAUUUACAGAUAUCAUCAAACAACUCAUGGCUAUGAAUUUUGAACUUGUGGUUAAACAGGAACAGCAUGCUUUGUGUGAGGUUUUUUUUCUCAUCUUUCUCUUCCUAUAUGUGUUCAGUAUUGUUUUAAUGAUUAAACCCUGUUGUUAACAUGUGAUUUUCUUUAAUUAAAGCACAGCCACGUUGUUUUCUCAAGGGGUGAGGGUUGUAUCACACCUGAACAUCUGUUGCCUCAGACUGACAGGCAACAGUUAAAGUGAUUAUUGGAAUUCUUAAUGGGAAUUAGCCACUAACACAGAACUAUCCCCCAGGGAAAUACAAGGAAUCCGUGUACAUUGAGCCUGUCAGUAUAAACACAGUUCGCCUGUUAAUCACUUACUCUGUCAGUAAAUUGUAAAAUAUU